UGACGUAAAAAGUUGUUAAGCACUGCGAAAAUAUUUUUAAAUAUGAAUUAAAUAUAAUUGAAAUAAUAAAAUAAUUGUUUUCUACUCUUCAAACUAAUAUUUCUAAUAAAAAUCGACGAAACUAACAAAACAACGAAACUUUUUUCUAAUAAUGCUGCAACGCGUUGAUGUUUCAUAUAUAAUAUAAAAGAGUGGAAGAGUGGAGAAGAGUGUAAUUUUUUCGCAUAAGUUUUCUGUUACCUGAAAAGCGCAGUUAUCUACAUGCAUAAUUUCUUAAAUCAUUUCCAUUAACUCUGUCGAAACGACGAGAGCUUUAAAUGUUUCUAUCAACGCUGAAAAAAAACACCUUCGCACCAAAAACUAAAGUGUCUUCGGUGUCAGCUGCCAGUCGUGUCUGCCACAAUCCCCCCAUUUUCCCCGCCACCUGUGCAGCGUCGUUCACAGCGCCAUCGCCAUCGCCACAUUCAUUGCUGGUGUCUGUGUCUUCAUUGUCUUCGUGGUCGUGGACGUCGCUGUUGUCGUCGCCUUUCAUUGUCAUUGUCAAUGAGCUACGCCAGCUACUCGUAGACGAACAGCUGAUAGCAGCCAUACUCGCUGUAAGCGACGACACAACGCGCAGCAGAGUCGCAACACGCUCAGACCUCCCAAACUGCAUAAGACGCUCCUCUCACUGUUUACCAACACUGAUAUCCUUAAGUGUAUCCAACGUUAGUGCUCUCACACUGUUGUGUUUGUUGUUUGGUGCGAAAAGACUGUGUUUUUUUCAAAUCGCCUUAACUAAUUUGUCUGCGUCUCUGAAACAUUCGCGAAGAGUGCACGUGUGAGAGUGCGCUUAGCCGUCGAGCGGUCGCAAAUUUACUCCAAGAGUUUAAGCUAUUGCCUUGAGUUAGUCGGUAGGGAAGCAACUCGGGAAGCAGUUACACUCGAUGCGGGUGGCAUUGGUCACUAGGUCACUUAAGUACCAACAGGCGACAUAGGGCAAUUGAGUGACAGAGCGUGUGGAAUAUUGCACGGCUGUGAGCCAUUUUGCAGUUUACCAUACUUUCUCUACAAUGGCAUAAAUGAAAAGGGUGAUAAUGAAUAUAACUACGUGCUAGUGUAACUAUUACAACAACAAAACCGACGUCUACUGCAAUUAUAAUGGACCUUAAUAGAGCCGUUAUCAAUUUAGCAACCAAAGCUAAACUCGUACUCUGACCUGUUGUUGUUGGCGGCAGCUCAUCUCUCCUACACUCACUGUCCGCGCUCAUCGUUCUCAUUUACGCUCUCGGUUUUCAAACUAUCGCGCAUGUACAAACAGCAGCAACAAUUGCAACAAAACCAUCAGCGAUAGCGCCGUCAAUAUAACAACUGUAACAAUUGAUUUGCAACAACAGAAAAAGAGCACAAAAACAACUCGUAGAAUACAACAAAAAGUUGCUCGGCAGCAAACAUAUAUUAACGUACGAGAUAAACAACAAUAGCACCAACUGUGGAACAAUACAACAGUUAUAAGACAAACUCGCUCGCAGCCAAAGCAACAGUGGAAGCAACAAAUUCUGCCGCGAUUUCGUUUCCAUCCACAUCGGCAGCAAUCAGCAACAACUCUGGCAACAUAUAUCUCAACGACAGUAACGAUUGCGAACCGACCAGCGCAGCUGCUGCCCCAGCUGUUACAGCUGCGGCCGCUGCUGCUGCUGCCACAACAACUGCAACUACAAUUGCAACUGCAACAACGACUGUUAGUGUAACUGCAACUGCUACUGCUUCUAAUAUUGCUGCAUCAGUUCCUGCUGCUGUUGGUGGCGUCAACACCGUCACUGUCACAGCCACCACUACUGCCGUCUCAGCUACUGCGACCACCUCCCGUUCCGCCCGCGGCAGCUACGCCAGCCGCGCCACCCACACAAACGCCAAAGCCAGAGCCAAAGCUACGAGCGACGCUGACAUCAAAUAUAUUACCGACAUCGACACGGACGACGCAGAAGCCGUAAGUUCGCUCAUUGGCACUCGUUGCUCGUGCAACGAGGUGAGCCACAGCGCGCACGCGAACACAAUAUACAUCGCGGAAGCGGAUACGGUCGCCGAGGCGAGAGGGCGGUCGACUGCGACAGCGACAGCGGCAGCGGUUGGUUACGGUUACGGCAGUAAUCGUCGCCCUGUGUGCACGGACAAUAAUAUGAGGAGUGGCAGUUCAGAAUUAUUACUCGAGCAGCAACAACAAGAGUUACGGUUACGUAAAAAACGAGAUCUGGCUCCAAAAAAGAAAAAUGGCAACCGGCGUUUUCGUUCGUGGCGCGAACGUGUACGCUUCUAUAGUACGUCUACGCUUGCUUUCUUCUCGGUGACGGCCGGCGCCUCGCUUUUAUUCCUGGUGCCGCUCUAUGUCGAUCCUGCGAUAUCGACACUAAGUCACGAUUUCAUCGAUAGUCCAACACUAUGCACAACUACACGUCGGGAGGAUCUAAUCGGUAUAUUUAAUUGUUCGUGGAGUUCGUGUCGCGAAGGUUGCACCUCUGAUCUAUAUCGUUGUGUACAUAUUUAUGUGACGUUUAUCGAACAAAAUAUUACGAUACCCGAGAACAUGACCGAUUACACUAACUUCACCGCGGAGUGGGAACAGUCGCAGGAGGCCACACUGCUAGUGAAUAUAAAGGGGUGUGGCUAUCCGCCGACGGUUACAUGUAAAACGUUUAAUGCAUACUAUGGUGUCGAAGGUGCGAUAUUCCCCUGCUAUUAUUCGCGUAAAAAUAAAACGGUCGUGCUGACGUCGUACAAUCACGACAAUCAGGUAGCGACGAUCAUACAUUUCUUUACGGUGCCAUUUGUGAUAACAGUGAUCUCAGCAAUCGCGCUCUGCGUUAUGCAUUGUGAUUGCAGAUGUAAAAAGGAUCACAGCCAUCGAAGGAAUCGGCCACAAGGCCGGCGACCGCGUAUCGAAAACCUUAGUGAUACAUCGAUUUCAACGCGCGUCGACAUGCUGACGCCGGCCAUCGAGGUGUACAAGCCACCGCUCUGACAUAAGGAUGACACGGUGGAGAGCAACUUGGGUUAUCCAUCGACGAGUAGCGAUUUCUAGCAUAGGCUUAUCACGACAGCGGAGAUCACCGCUACAUCAGCUACGGAUAAUCUAUUUGCGCUUCCAUCAUAGUGUCAAUCAAAGUCAACCAGUACCAAAAAAUACUAACAACAACAAUAAGCAUAUAAUCUACUAGUAGAACAACCCGAGAAUUCCAACAACAUUUAUAUACAAACACACAUACAUACAUACAAACAAAAACUGCAACAAAAACUAAAUCAAAAACAAAAAAUAGAAAAAUCACAUAGUACAAGUAUAUAUGUAGGCAAUUUGGUUGUAUGUUUGUGAGCCGAGAGCGCAGCGAAUACAUAAAAAGCAUGAAUGCUUGACGCAGUGGAUUUGGGUACCAUACUAUGAAAUCUGUGGCGGUUAAGCUGGUUAAAGCACCAAUGAAUGCAGCACAAUAAGCGGUAGCCAGUGCCAUGCAUACACUCACAUUUACAUACAUAUAUACAUAGCAACAUACAAGUAUAAUGAUUGAUUCAACUGAAUAAUUCCUAAGAUUGAUUACAGUUAGUUACUUAAGUAGUGUUAAAGAGAAAAGAUUUUUAUGCGGAAAUUAGAGAAGCAAAAACAAAACAAAAUAAUUACGCAUGUAUGUAUGUUAAGACAUUAUGUAUAUGUAAGUAGGUAUACACACACAUGCACAUGUAUGGGAUAGUAAGCGUACAUGCAACAUGAGUGUGCUGAAAAUUAACAGCGCUGAAAUUCAAAAACCUACAGACCUAAAAUGUUAUAAACAAAUUGUUAUUUUCAUACGGUAACUAUGGAAAUUAUAUUAAUUUAUUAAAAAUAAACGCAAAACAAGAAACAAAAAAUAAAUAAAAACCAUGUUUGAUAAAUACGAAUAGUGUUAUAUAAUUUAAUUUAGGUAUAAAUGUAUGUAUGUACUCAUGAAAUAUAUUUUAUGUGACAAAAAAUUGCAUAAUUAGGAGGAAUUAAGGAGAAGUUGAACUAGACCUAGAAAAAACUAAUUAUAACUGAACUUAGCUUAGUUACAAACAAUUGAGAAAUAAUUUUUGCAAGGACUAAUUUUUGUACUGCUGAAUAAAAGUACUUAGUGAAUAAAUUUAAUUAAGACGAAAUUAACUACUUAAGCAUAACGGUAUGCAGCUAAUUAAACACUCAACUAUGCAACGUGCUGCACCCACACACAGUUAUAACGGAAGGCAUAGCAAUGGUGUAGCUGUGAAAAUGAAACAUAAUAUAUAUAUAUAACAGUAAACAGUAAACAGUAAACGCAGUUUUAUGAUAGUUACAAUAAUAACACAAACUAGGAACCAAAUUAGUUAAGGCAUGUGAAAUUAGCGUAAAACUUAACAAAUGCAAACAAAAUAAAAAAAAAAUUAAAAUAAUAACAGAAACUAAGAGUAAACGUUUAGCAAACAAUUAUAAGUAUGCAUAUAUAUACUUACAUGUAAACACACGCACACAAACUGCUGUAUAAGGCACCGUCGAAUUACAUAAUAGGUAUGUAUAUAUAUAACUGCAUAUAUGUAUGUAUGUUAUUACAGAUCCAAAUGAUAAAGAUUAUAACCGAAACCAGAAAGCGUUAAAAGGCAGCUUUCCAACAACCCACCCCCCCGAAAUGUUACUUACGUGCAUAGAGAAGCAUACAUAUGUAGUUUUAAUAAUAAUACUAACAAUAAUAUGGACAACAAUAAAUUAAAUAUAAAUGCAUAAAAUACCAGUGUGAAGCAUACCAAAUAAACUAGCAAGUACAUUGCAUACUUUGAGGCGUUAGAUUGCACAUUGUUGCUUGCACACGACUUAGCCAAGCAUGCGAAAUGCAACGCUGCAGACUACUGUUAGACAACGGGAACGCUUCAUCAUUGCCAGACCAUAGAAAUGUCGUUUCAAAUUAAAUUAUUGUAUAAAACACACACAAACAAUAACAAUGCAUAGCUGAAUUUGCAAAAAUGCGAAAAAAAUUUUAAAAAAUUGAACAGCGUGCAGCAAUUAUCACACAUUCAUGCAAAACACACAUACACAUUCGCAGCACACGCCUUCGUAAUGUCCAUCGUCCGCGACAGCACUUGCAUUCUGGUAUCAUUAGCAAGAAGAAUUAGUAAUUUUUAUACCCUGAACAGAGUAAAUUAAGUUUGAUACGAAGUUUGUAACACUCAGAAGGAAAUGUCGGAGACCCUAUAAAAUGUAUGCAUAAAUGAUCAGCAUGAUGAGCUGAGUUGAUUUAGCCAUGCCCGUCUGUUCGUCCGUCUAUAUAUAGGCGAACAAGUCUCUUAGUUUUUGAGAUAUCGAUCUGAAAUUUUGUACCUGUCGUUUUCUCACCAAGAAGCUGCUCAUUUGUCGGAAUGUCCGAUAUCGGACCACUAUAGCAUAUAGCUGCAAUACAAACGGAACUAUCAAGUGCUUGCAUGGAAAACUUUUUUAUUUGACAAAAUAUCUUCACGAAAUUUAGCUCGAAUAAUUGCUUUAAGCAACAAUGCAAUUUUCUAAGAAAUUGUUCAGAUCGGAACACUAUAGAAUAUAGCUGCCAUAGAAAAUCAAGUUAUUAUAUCGUUUGUAUUUGUAAAGGGUAUUAUAGAUUCGGUGUAACCGGACUUAACGUUUUUGCUUGUUUUUGACUCUUAUCAUUUGCGGAUAUAACAAUAUUAAAUUUUUGUUGCAGUGAAUAAAUGCAACAUUAGAAAAAUUUGAAUUUUUUAUCGUUUAUGUAUAUAUAGUAAUUGGAGCUAACGAAUUGCACCAAAAGCGUGUAAAAGUGUUAACAUUUUGGUAAAAUAAUUUUAAUACACACACACAAACAAGCAAGCAUACACGCACUCAUGUUUGUAUUAGCAGCAGCGGCACUUGUUGUGUUUGUUGUUUAUUAGUUAUAUUAAAUGCGAAAUAAUUUUUAUUAUUGAAAUGUUUUGUAGCAGACAAUACUAAUUCUGCUAAUUUAGGUGUAUGUGAACGAGUAUAUAAAUUUUAAAUGUUGAGCAAAUAAUUGUAAAAUGUAAAAAAAAGUAAAAACGGCGAUAACGCUUGAAUGCAACUAAAUAUACGCUCGCAUACAGUCGGUACAAAUGCUGCAUGCAAAUCUAGAUGCAACAGCUUGGAUGUGCCUCGAAUGUGCGUGUGUUGCGCGAAGUACCGUUAUGUGUAUAUAUAUAUUUAGAUAUAUACAUAUGUAGAUAAAUGUUAAUGCAUCUAUGUUGUUGUUGACAAUUGUGUACAAUUUGAUAAUCGAACGUUGUUUUUUUUAAUAAGUAACAUUAUGCUUAGGCAUACGUACACACAUGCACUAAAAAUGUCCACAAAAGCAUUGCAAAUGCGCGUGAAAAUCACAAGUUAACUAUCUCUAGGUACUAUUUUUUGCAGUGCUUAUAAUUUUUUGAAAUUGAUCAGUGAUGACAAUAAUAUUUAAAUUUGUUGAAGAGCCUGUGAAGAGUUCUGAACGGAUCCAAGUCUGCAAAUGCACAUCCGGUUAAAGACUAUCCUCACUCUCACUUUCGGCUUGCAGCAUGCGCAAUUGUGUUGCGAUUCCAGCUUUGGCAGAGAUUUUUUUCUUUACGUCAAAAAACUUUUUCAUUACGCCUUAGUUUUGAUUUUUAUGAACGAUUAUAAUUCAUUUAAAUUUUUAAAUAUAUAAUUUUUUUUAUUUUUAUUUUUGAGAGAAAUUGUAAACUGGUCCAAAAUGUGUAAAACAAAACUUGGUUACUUUGAAGAUAGCAGUUAUAUUAAUUUAAUGUGGUAUCCGCUUAUCCUUUUGUACGAAUCCAACUCGAAUCGAAUACAAACUAUUAUAUCUUCGGAUCUGUAGUUGUUCGCGAUUAGAUUAAAUUCAAUUGUGCCUAGGCGGCGAUACGCAGAGAUCAACGAAUGAGACGAGAUAUAGUUUUCACAAAUUGGGUUAGAAUGUGAUCAUCUCAUACCAAGAAGCUUUUCAUUGCACAUCAGCUACAUUCGGAGCCAAAACAUCGGAACGGCUUCCGCAAAACUCAAUUUUUUUAAACACUAUGUAAAAAUACAAAAAACAAGGCCUCAGAUUACGAACUUGGAUUUUUUAGUAGCUUUAAUUUGUGGAGAUUUUAUUUUCAACGCAAAAUAUUGCCUUUCACUGUUUUCUUUAAUUUCGAGUUCGGUGCUUAAAUAAAGUCAGACCGAUGAAGGGUUAUGUGUGCAGUGGUAAACAAAAAAGGGAAAUCAUUAUUAGUAAAAAAAACUUCUGUGAGCUUUUUAUGUAUAUACAUAUGUAUGAGUAUGAAUUAAGCAGUAUUUAUUUUUUAGUUAGAAACUCCGCUGAUGACUACAGCCUUAAUUUGUGAACGCUUGUAAACAAAUCAUUUUAAACAAUAAAAUUGUGAAUGAAUAGCAACGUGCUUGACAAUACAAUUUAUUAAUUUAUUACAUUCACGUGUGCUAACAAAAGUUAUAGUUUUCCACACCACAAAAAUACAAACACAUACAUAUACAUUAGGCUGUCCCUUAAUUCCCAAGUUGUUUUUUUUUUGGCAAACGCAACCAAUUAAGUUUCAUUUUUUGCCAUAAAAACAAAGGAUCAACUACUCACAUAUAUUAAAUAUGGGCUUUUUUACACUAUGUCAUAAGCUUUGUCUCAAAAUAAAAUAACUCCACAACUUAGAAAAGAUGCUAUUUUAAUCUAAAUUUUGCUCUACAAAAAAAUUCUUAAUAAUUUUUUUCAUAUACAUGUUCCUUUAAAAGUUAUACGCAUUUAAAGUUAUGCAUCAAAUGUAUGGAUUGUAUUGAUGUAGUACACCAUGUCGUAUGAGCAACACAGAAUGUAUAAAUCAGUUGUGUGAAUGUUCAGGUCAUUUAGUAUAUAAGUUUAAACGCGUUUAACUUAUAAAGGAACGAUUUAUGGAAAAAUCAUUAACAUGAUGUAGAGCGAAUUUUUGUUUGAAUAAGAAUAUCACUUCUUCAAAGCUGUCGACUUUCUUGCUUAAUGCAAACUAUAAGAAAUCGCACAUUAUAUACAUGGGCAAAGAAAUAUAAUUUCGGCACGGUAUAAAUUGAAAAUAAAGAGCUUGUUUACUUUGCAUACUUUUUUAGUGCAAAAACUGAAUCUUUAGUGGGCGAUUGCAAACUAAAAUCAACAACGGUCACCCUAAUACUUUAACAUAAGCAAUUUGGAAAACUAAAAGUAGUAUAAUGAAACAAAAUGUUUACAAACUUAUUUCAAUGUAUAUUUGUUCAGUUAUAUAUCAUAUUUUAUUAAAAUUAUUUAACAAUAAUGUUAUUGUUUUACUUGUAUGUAUGUGUGUUAUUACCUCGGUUCUCAUAUUUCACUAGAUUUUUUUACUUUUACUUACUGUUUUUGUUUUUUUUAAAGCAAAUCAUUUUUGUUUUCAAGUAUUCUGUUUCACUGUUCACACACAUCACACACAAGAAACAAAUUGGCUUCUGCGUAGCUCCAUUUAGCUAGAAUCAGCUUCAGAGCUCUACUGAAAAUCAUACCCGUUAUUAUUUUCUAAAGUUCUUUUCGCCAUCUCAUCCAUCACAAAUCGCCAAAGCUUCAGGCAUACCGCAUUAGAUUCAUAACUAAAUUCUGCAUAGAAAAUUGCGCAAUGUUAACAUUAUAUUUAAGCAAAACUUAUCAAGCAUACACAUCUGAGCAUACAAACAUAAAAGCAUAAGUUAAUUUAUGUACAUAUAAAUAAAAAGAAAUUAAAUGUAUGUAUGUCAUUAUGAAUAAAGAAGCAAGCAUAUAUGGUACACAUAUACAUAUACGUAGAUGCAUACGGUAGUUAAGCAUGUAUGUGUAUUGUAUUGGUUAGCCGAGUGACAUUGUUAGAAGUUGUAACUGUUGGAUGGUAGCGAACACAUUUAUACGAAUACAUUAGACUAACUAGUAAGAGUUGAGUAGAUAAAUAUAACCAUGAAAUACGAGUAUAGUAGUUUACAAAUCAAAUUAUCAGCGAAGUCAUCGGAAUCGGCGGGUAGUAAACACAUGUGAGUGCGUAAAACGCGAAAACUCUCGUGGUAUCUCAGCGCUGAACGUUCGUUCGAGUUUAUUCGAAUAAGCGUUAACUAAUCAAAUUCGAUUCAAGCCAACAAUGUACCAUAUGAAUAACUAGCGUUUAAGUAGAGAAAAUAAUGAAGAGAUAAGAGACAACGCUUAAAGAUAUUCGCAUAGAAAUAAGCAUAAUCGCAAACACCCAUUCCGAAAUACUAGAUAAGUUGAGAAAACAAAGCGUAUGCAUUCACAUUUUUAUAAACACACAUUAAAAUGGCUUUUUUAUAUACAGCAUGUAUACAUAUGUAUGUACCUACAUAUAAACCAUUACAAGGAUCAGUGCAAAUUUUAAAUCUUUACGCAGUAAUUCAGUAAAAUCAGUGCAAAAAACUUGUUCGAGGCCUCUUAAGAGAUCCACAUCUGAACAUAUUCAUUACCCUUGUAAAGUAUAGCUGAGAUUAAGUAGUGACCGAUUCCAACACAACUUUUCUCGCUUUGCGUGGCAAUUGAUACUUUAGCAACGAAACAAAGAAAGUAAAGGGUAAGUCAGUACGAAUUUUUUGCUUUCCGUGUUUUUAUCUAAUAAAAAUGGCGAUCUUUCUUUUCUUCCAUUUUCCAUUCAAGCGUACAUUAUUAUCUGCUAAUUAUUUUCUCUGAAUAUCAAUAGUAAAUAUCACAGAUUGAGCGAUAUUUUCGGUUAAAUAUCACCCAGAGGCGCUAAUGUCCUCAUAUUCAGUGUAUUAGAGCUUGGGAAGUUUUGGUCCGAUUCUGACAAUUUUUAAAUGUGAGAUGGCAUACACUAAAGGUACUCUUUGUGCAAAGGUUUGUUCCGUUGUCUUCAUUAGUACUAAACUUAUCUACAAUAAGGUCAAAAAAUCAUAACGAAUUUAAAAUUGUGAUAUACGGUAAGUAUGCGUAGUUAUGAUCCGAUUUCGCCCACUUUCACAAUGUUUGUCAAUAUAACCCUAUCCGCCAAAUGAGAUUUAAAGUUGUCGAACGGUUCCUGAAAUAUUCGUUUGACCUAAAUUUAGGCGUUGCCUCGCCUAUUGUCUACUUUUAACACCGUUUCCUUUGAAAACCAGCAUAGCUGAACACUUUGAUUAGUUUUCAGCACAACCUUUAUAUGGGAGUGGACGUGGAUAUCAUCCGAUUUCACCCAUUUUCAAUGAGGAUUCUAUAGGAAAUCACUUAGUGGUUUGUGAGCUAUGUAUACCAAACCUAUAAGGGGGCUGGACCACGUUCACUUUGUGAAAAAUCUCAGCCCCAAGGUAAAAAGAAAAGGCAACCCAAGAUUUCUGGACCACGUUCACUUUGUGAAAAAUCUCAGCCCUAAGGUAAAAAAAAAAAGGCAACCCAAGAUUUUGAAACAUCUAGUUAAACUCCUUAAUAUUACUAAAUUCGAAGUUCUAGGCAAUUUCCUAAAGGUAACUAUUGCGAUAAGGCGAUAAGACGACCACAUAUAUAGCAAAAAAUUAGAUCAAACUAUCUUUAAUAGUCAUUAUCCCAGUUUUUAGUUCUUAUAAGCAAUUCUUAGUUCAAAGUAGUCAACAAGAGAAAUAUAAUGAGAGUAACAUAACAGUUAUUUUAAUUUUUAAAUCUAACAUUCAUGUAUAGAUUUAAAAUUUGCAUCUCUAACGUGUAACAUUAUAUACAAACUUACGCUUCAUUCAUUAAUAAUCAUUUAUAUAAUUUAGUAUAUAUUUUAAUGCUCCAUAAAAAUGUAUUUUGGAGCAGGUCACCUGAGUCAGACAUGUGUCUAUGUUUUAAUUUUCAUAUUGUAUCAAACGGAAAACUCUUAAAUUCAUUUGGAGCAAAGAAUUAUUUUAAAAUUAGCGCCUAUUAUCAAGGUAAUAUUUAAGAAAAUAAAUAUAUAAUUUUAAAGACAAAAAUUCAAAAAUGUCGCAAAUGACUGGCUUCAAGAGGUCUUCAUUCAAGAUAAACAUGUCGACUUGGUUAAUGUAAUUUUUAACUAAUUAUAAAAAUAAAAUACGAAGAGAAAUAAUAACCGAUGAGAACAUUGAUAUAUUCAAAUGCAAAUUGAGAAAUAGUAAAGUUAUUAAUAAUACUAAUAAUAAAAACAAUAUCAUAGAAAAAUAAACA